AUGGCAGCUCCCGAAGAAUUGGUCACUUUUUCACGAAUUCGACUUGCACAAGCCCUAAAGGAAGAUCCAAAGGACCCAGAGCUGGUCCAUAAAUCCGCAUUAUUCAUACAACUUCGCAACAGACAACCCCAAACAUUAACACAAUCACAACAUAACAUACCGCGUCCCCAAUUUCUAAUUGUACCUCCAACGCUUGGAAACAGCGAGUAUACCGUCCCCAGCAACAAUAUUGUGAACGAAAAUAACAAUCUGCUAGCUGCGAAUAAUGGCGGCGCCAAUUCAAAAUCAUAUGAUCCAUUCCGAAAAAGCAGAAUAUAUUCAUCUCCAUCUCUACCCUCCCUCCCCGUUUCCCGACAAACACCAAAUCAUUCACCGAGCGGAAGCGUAUCUUCAAUCUCGUCAUCUCCCAUCCCCCCUGCUCCGCCUAUAUCAUAUCAACCCCAACCACCACCACCAAACAAACAGAACGCGUUAAUAGGUACUGAAAAGCAUUCUGGACAACAGGCAGAUGUCGAUAGCAUUCUCUUCUGCGAACAGUCAUCGAACAUCGAGGCUUUUGCAUCAGAAAAGUUAUUCAGAUCUCCACUCUCUCAUGCCAACUCGUCCUCAAGUUCCCUCCCAUUAUCGCUUGCAAGCACAUCAAAUCAAUCCUCUUCCCGGCCUAAUUCGAUCUUCGGCCAAAAUCGCCCAAACGCGAGUCCAAACUUACCGCGCCCAACAUCAUCGUACAGUAACAUGUCCAGACCACUGUCGGUACACAGUUUGGGCAAAGCGAAUUCGAGGCCACCGAGUAUUUGGGGAUAUGUACCACCGGUGGAUUCGAGUGAAGAAUCGUCGGAAGAAUCGUCAGAAGGUGAAGAAGAGAGCGGAGAUGAGCAGGAGAGCACUAGCGACGCCAAAAAUAACAGCCGUAUACGCAACGAGACUACUAACAAGAAGACGAUGAAACCCGCUUCUAGGGCAUCAAAUCUUCCAAUGCCACCACCAUUGUCACAACCCAAAGGCUACAAACCCCCCUCACCAACCUCUUCACCGACCCGCACUUCGCCGACUCGCACUUCACCGACUCGCACUUCACCUAAUCGUACUUCCCCAACCCGAACUUCUCCCACCCGAUCAUCAACAAGAUCACCCGAAAAUGGUGAGGAUGAUGUAAAAGUACAUACCCCGACGUCGAUGUCGAUUUUGGAAAAGGUGGAGGAAGAAAAAAGCGAUGAAGAAAGCGAUGAAGAAAGCGAGGAGGAAAGUGACGAAGAAGGAAGCGACGAGGAAAGCGAGGAGGAAAGCGAGGAAGACAGUGGGGAGGAAAGUUCAGAUAGUGAUACUCCAUUGGCAUUAAGGAUGGACGCGCCUCCAAGGUUUUCUAUUCUAUCGUCAUCAGGGAAAAAGUCUCCUAGAGUUGAGGCGUGGGUUAGCGAUGUUUCUCGACAGUCUCUUGUAAUCGACUCCCGUACAUUUAAUCCGAGAAAACAGAGACAGUCACAAGUUAUGGGUGACUCAAGACCGAGGAAGACAUCACUUACGCCCGAUUCGGUAUUCGAUCCGAGGAUGCGUAGACCGAAGUCAGCGUAUACUAUGGAUGAAAGUGAUUUCCUCCCACCACAACCCCAAUAUAGGAAACGCAGUAACAGUGAAUUCGCUCCGGGCAGCAGUUCACAAUAUCGUCCUAUCUCUAUGUAUUCUGCAGCAAGAGCUUCACCACCUCUGUUGCUUUCGACACCAGUUCAACUCCCUAAAGCAGAUAAUGAUGAUUGGGCACAGGACACUCUUCUUGCAUUAUCCACGAAAGUUCCGUCAUCUACUUCUCCUAUACCACCACCACAGAAACACAGAGUCGUUCGUUCGAGUGCAUCGAUGACAAACCUUCGUGCGGGCACACCUCCUUUAUCACUUCCAGCGCCGCCGAGAUCUCCGGGUGAAUUUUAUAUUCAUCAUUCGCGGAAACAGAACGGAAGCAAUUCUUCUUUGAACAAGCUUGUUUUAAAUGGAGAAGGCCGAAGAGAAAGAGGUGAUAGAGAUAGGAUGGAUAAGAGAGCACGGGAGAGAAGUUAUUCAGCCUCAUCACAGCAGCCAUUACAGCAGCAAGGAAGAAAGCGAGAUCAUUCCGGGCUAGGAUAUGGUCCCGUCGGAACGCCGUCACAGGCUAUUAACCGAAUAAGCAUGUAUGGUGGCGCUGCACACAGGAGGGUGGCGAGUGAUCACAUUUCUAAGGGUGAUAAUAUGAUGUAUUAUAGGCAGAGGAAAGAUUUACAAACGUAG